AUGGGUGUUCCAGCACUUUUCCGUUGGUUAUCUAAAAAGUACCCAAAAAUUAUUUCUUCCGUGAUUGAUGAGGAAGAGAAUCCCGUUGAUGACAUUCCAAAACUAGUUCAGUAUUCAGAUCCAAAUCCAAAUGGGGAAUUGGAUAACUUAUACUUAGAUAUGAAUGCAAUUGUUCAUCCGUGUUCACAUCCUGAAAACAGGCCAGCACCAGAAACAGAAGAGGAGAUGAUGAUUGAAAUAUUCAAGUACACAAACCAUGUUUUAAAUUUGGCCAGACCGCGUAAGUUACUUAUGAUUGCAGUCGACGGUGUUGCCCCAAGAGCUAAAAUGAAUCAACAAAGAUCAAGACGUUUUAGAUCAGCAAAGGAUGCACAAAUUGCAUAUGAAGAAAAACAAAGAGAAUUAGCUGAAAUGGAAGCAAGAGGUGAAACUAUUGAUGAUGCAAUUAAAGGUAAAAAGUCUUGGGAUUCGAAUUCUAUUACUCCGGGAACCCCAUUUAUGGAUAUUCUUGCAGCAAGUUUGAAAUAUUGGGUUGCGUAUAAACUAUCGACCGAUCCAGGAUGGGCUCAGCUGCAGGUUAUCAUAAGUGAUGCAUCUGUUCCUGGUGAAGGUGAACAUAAAAUCAUGAACUUUAUCAGAUCCCAAAGAUCUAGGCCUGACUAUGAUCCGAACGUGAGUCACUGUAUUCAUGGUCUAGACGCAGAUUUGAUUUUCUUAUCCCUAGCCACACACGAGCCUCAUUUCAGAGUUUUAAGGGAAGAUGUUUUUGCCAAGGAUAACAAUAAUAAACACUUAACUACAAAAGAUAGGAUGAUGAUGGAUGAAGAAACUAAGGAAAAGCUGAAAAAUCAAAGCCAACCGUUUAUCUGGUUGCAUAUUAACGUCUUAAGAGAAUAUUUGCAAGUUGAAUUACAAAUUCCAAGGCUACCAUUCAAGUAUGACUUUGAGAGAGCCAUUGAUGAUUGGGUUUUUAUGUGCUUUUUUGUUGGUAAUGAUUUUUUGCCUCACUUGCCUUCUUUGGAUGUCAGAGACUCUUCUAUUGAUAUUUUGAUUGGAAUCUGGAAAAACCUGUUACCAAAGAUGAAAACUUAUAUCACCUGUGAUGGUAAAUUAAACCUUGAGAGAGUUGAAAAAUUACUAUCUGAAUUGGCAACAAAGGAAGAUGAAAUUUUCAGGAAGAGACAUGAAGAUGAUGAACGUAGAGAAGCCCGUUUUAGACGUAUAGAUCAAGAUAGAGAACAAAGAAGAAUUGUUCAGCAACAGUUACUAGGCGUUGUAAGUAAGGGAAAGGAUAAUGCACCAAUCAAUCCAUCCCAGAACAUGACUUUAACGAGUUUAAGUACAGGAAAACUUGCUGGAGGCUUGCAGAUGACAAACAAUGAUAUUGUUCAAAACAUAGAGUCUAUUUCAAAGGCUAAUACGACCAAUCAGAGUGUCGCAGCUGUUUUGAGGCAAAACUUGAUGAAAGAAGAUAAAGAAGCAUCUGAAAAUAAGGAUUCGGGAAGUCAAGAAGGAGAUGACGCGCCGAUUGAUGUGUCUGAGGAACCCGCUUCGAAGAAAAGAAAGCUUAACGACCAAGAUCAAGGAGCUGAUGAGAAGGGGGAAGCCGAUGGCGAUGGUGAAGAAGAAGGUGAGGAAGAAGAAGAAGAUGAUGAUGAUGAUGAUGAUGAUGAAAAUCCAGAUCUUGCAGAUACUGAUAUCAAGCUUUGGGAACCUGGCUAUAAAACAAGAUACUAUCAACAUAAAUUCAAAACAACAAACGAAAAGAAAAUCACUGAGAUAAGAAGAGACAUGGCUAAAUGCUAUGUUGAAGGUAUUUCGUGGGUGUUACUCUAUUACUAUCAAGGAUGUCCAUCAUGGAACUGGUAUUAUCCGUAUCAUUAUGCACCAUUUGCGGCGGAUUUUGUUGGCCUAAACGAAUUCAAAAUUGAAUUCGAGCAAGGCACACCAUUCCAGCCAUUUGAACAAUUGAUGUCUGUUUUACCAGCUGCAUCCAAUCAUAAUCUACCUGAAGUAUUUAGAUCUCUGAUGUCAGAACCAGAUUCAGAAAUUAUUGAUUUUUAUCCUGAAGAUUUUGAAAUCGAUAUGAACGGUGAAAAACAAUCAUGGAGAGGUAUUGCUUUACUACCAUUUAUUGAUGAAAACAGAUUACUGAGUGUUGUCCGUAGUAAGUAUCACGAACUAACUGAAGAUGAGAAAAGAAGAAAUUCGCAUAAACAAGAAGUUAUGUUCGUUGGUAAACAAAAUCCGUAUUUCAAGAAAUUUGCUAAGCUCUACAAUCAAGAAAAAAAGAAGGAAAAGGUUGAGUUUUCAUUUAGCAAAACACACCUGGCCGGCACUGCAACAUCAAAUGAAAUCUACGUUCCUAAUUCCAUUUUCAAGUUUCCAUUUGAAACUAAGAAUGACGAAUACCCUAAUUUAAAUACUUCUGACUUUAUGCUUGUUAACUAUACCAUGCCACCAAAAGUCCAUGGUAAGUCAAUGAUUUUAACAGGUUAUCGACCACAUAAGCCUGUUUUACUUCCAGAAGAUCGUGAAAAAAUCAUGUAUUACAAGAAUUACCAUAAUAACCGUUAUCAACGCAACAACGGACCAAUAAAUCAGUUUAUAAAUUACAAAGAGCAUACAGGACCAGGCCAAGAGAGUAUGUACAACUCAAGACCUGGUGGGUAUAAGUUUUUCACAGACAUGUACGAAAGAGAGAUCAACCAUCAAGCAACAACGGCGGCAUUCAACCAGGGAAGACAAAAUUUCCAAAACAUGUAUCAGAACAAUUAUGACACUUACGUAGAUCCGAACCAAGGAUAUAAUACGUACGGUGGUGGAAGAGGUGGUUACGGUGGUGGAAGAGGAAGAGGUGGAUUCAACAAUAGAGUUGGAUAUGGUGGAAGAGGUAGAGGGGGGUACAACGGCGGCUACAAUGGCGGCUACAAUGGCGGCUACAAUGGUGGUUACAAUGGUGGUUACCGUCGCUGA